AUGCAAGAAAAUAAACCUCGUCAUCAUGUAACGAGAUACCGUAAUAGAGAUCAAAGAAACACACUUGAAUCGCAUUUUAUUCAAAAAGUACCAUCCCCACCUAAAAUAAGAGUCAAGAUUGAUAAAAUUCCACUCGAUGUCUCUGAUUAUAUGAUCGAAGAUUGGAUUAACGAAUUUGAACAACCAAUAUUUCUUAAAUUUUAUGAUACAAAAGAAUACAGAACUUGUAUUUUUGAAUUAAAAGAUUUAUCAAAAAUGAACGAGUUUGUCUCAAAGUAUAAUAAUUUCCAAGUACGCGAAUCUGAGAAUAUUACCGCUGAGAUAACUGAGAUCCGUAGCAAAAACAAAGGACAUCAUCAGAGCAGAUUUAUUCUAAAAGAUACCACAGGUGGAGAUCGUGACUCUGGAAGAAGGAGAAGAGGGAAUGAUAGAGGAUCGAUGGGCAGCCACUACAAUGAUUCGAAAAAAUCUCAAAAGAAAAACGCAGCUGAAAAACCAAAAAGUGUCGAACAACUAGAUGCUGAAUUAGACGCUUACAUGAAUAGUUAA